AUGGCUACCAAUGUUGCGAGUUCGUCACCACAAGCGUCUUUUCGGCGACUUCUCCCCGCUCCAGACCGGCCGCAAUUAGCUGGGCUGUCCUCAAGUAGUGCGCGGGAAUGGUACGAAAGCAGAAGGAGGGUUCCUGAGCUUUUUGACUUCCUCGUGCGACUCGAGGCCGAAAAUCUGGAAAAGCCUUACAUUGGCAUCACAUCAGACGGUCAUGUGAUCCCUGAUCUCUUCGAUUAUACCGUUGAUGAGGGCGCGCCCGUUGCAGCUAUGUGUGAAGCCACGAAUGCGAUGCUCUCCAUCUUGUCCGUCCAGCAAGAAAACGACACAGUUUUCCCGUCUGUGUUGGAUGACAAUAUUCGUCUGUGGUCCAACCCAGAGGUCUACGUCAAUCCAGGAGGUCUGCGGCUCGACGAAUGUUCCCCAGAUAUUCAGACAGCGGUCCACAAUAUUUUGCGAUCUUCCAUGUCCCUUGAAGGAUACCAAAAAGUGCACGGCUGCUGCAUCGUAAAUAAGUUCCUCGGAGAGUUGGUGGGCGGCAGUCGGGUGCUGAACGAGCACUCAUACAAUUUUCGAUUAUUCGGGCGCCCAAGUCUCACUCAGCCAUGGGGCUACACGUUUUUCGGGCAUCAUCUGUGCUUGGCGGUUGUAGUUGCAGGCGGGCGGAUGGUUAUUGGACCUACAUUUAUGGGCGCGGAACCUAAUAUUAUCGACGAAGGACCACACACUGGGCUGCAGUUGUUUACCACUGAGCGCGAGGUGGCUUUGCAACUGCUGCGUUCUCUGCCUCCCGCUCUACAAGCUAAAGCCAUCCUUUCUCACAGCGUCCUUCCACAAGACCUUCCUGAACACCGGUGGGUGCCUUACGAUGAGCGUCAUUUAGCAGGUGCUCGGCACGACAAUCGUGUAAUUCCGUACGAAGGCUGUCCGGCGUCAUCCUUUGAUGCAGAUCAAAAGGAACUUCUAGUUCGCAUAUUCGUUGGGUUCAACUUGUAUUACCCUGAACAAGUCCUUUCCCAUAAGGUACAGAUGUUUAGAAACCAUUUGCACAUGACUCAUUUCGCGUGGAUCGGAGGCCACGGAGACGACGAUGUCUAUUAUUUCCGCAUCUACUCGCCUGUAUCACUGAUGGAGUUCGACUUUCAUUGCGGUGUAUACCUCACGAACGACACCCCAGAUAAAUGUCAUAUUCACACCAUCAACCGCAUCCCCAAUCGCGGCGAUUAUGGAAGGGCUUUGGUGGAACAGGUCCAAAAGAAUGCUACCGUGAGCGGUCAGGGUUUGGGGCUUAAAUCUACAUAA